AUGAGAAGUCGAUACUUAUGCAGGCCAUGCGUGGAUUUUGGUUCGAUGGACGAUUCUAUCCGCACCACGAGGCCUACAGACAUGAAGGAUGAUUUCAUGGUUUUAGUUUCUGGACAACCCGUUAAAUGGGGGCCAUCCUCGACUUUCUGGACUCGCGUUGCCCAACUGCCUCCUGUCGAGUACUUCGCCGGGAGUUGGACCGUAUGGGAGGACAUGGAUGUUCCCGCACCUGUCGCUAACGCGGACGCCAAUUAUGUAUCGGUUUUCAUUGUGCCACAACAGCAAUACGAUGACCUCAAUGAAGAACGAGACAUAUUGACCGGACUACGGGAAGCCCAGCCAGGGUUUCAAUCGACAGACACGCCGUCAACUGGUGCCCAUCCGUCGGCAUUUCGUGCGCGGAAAUCGCCUGAUGCUUUCGAAUUCAAUCGACCCAAACCCGUCGACCACUACCCCAUUCCCAUCUCACUUCUGCAGCCCGAAUUCGGACGCUUCAAGAGGGACGUACGCACCAUUACCCCAGAUCCCCGCUUGUCUCCUCUUGGCUGGAGGUUGGCUGUUGAGCUCUCCUCUUUGUUUAAGACCGAGGACCUCCGGGAGUCAUGUCUGCAUCGCCUCCUCGCUGAACUCUUUGGUGGCGACGUAGCCCUAGAAAAGCGGUCCGUUGGGUCGUACAAGACUGACGGAGGCGUUGUGCACGUCUCUCUCCCAAACCUUCCUACUAUGCCCAUUUUCAUUGAGGUCAAGAAUGAGACAACCUGUGGAUCAUCAGAUGCUGUCUUCGAGCUUCUCCUUUACUACAAAGAAGGAGUAAGGCACGUCUUAAGCCGGGACUUCCCCCACAAAGGGGACUGGGUAAAGACCCGAUUUCCCUCCAUUUUGAUCAUGCAUAAUGGGCCCAAUAUCCAAGUUUACGGCGGUGUCUGGCUGUUGAAGGGAUACGUAGAAGUCAUUUCUCAUUCACUCCCGCUUCAUUUCAACGAGUUUGAUACGGAAGCCAUUGAAGACCUCCUUCGGUUCAUGACCGCCCUCCGAGGUUUGUUCGAGUCCCUUUGCGAAGUGUACAGAAAUCCCCAGAACCACGUCGUUGAUGGGACACAAAUCGAAUUCCCUUAUCCGCGAUCGUAUGUUGCAAAUGUCCCUCAGGACUCGACCAGCGCUACUGGCAAGACCAUUCAGUUCACCUACACCAAGCGGAUCAGCCCAAUCAGACUGGUCUUCGCUGCUCGUACCGACGGCGACGGUGAAGACAUCAUCAUCAAGUUCGGAUUUGGGAAGUACGGAGCGGAGACUCAUAAGGCGGCGGCCGCAGCAGGAAUCGCGCCUGCUCUCCUCAGCUACUCUGACCUCCCUGGUGGGAUUUGGAUGGUAGUUAUGCGCCCUCUACCCGCUCAGUUCAAAUCCUGUCUACACGUUGAAGAUUUCUCCGAGCCAUGUCAAGCCGUUAUCAAGGCAGCCGUGGAUCGCUUGCAUGACUCGGGACAUGUUCAUGGCGACCUUCGCGAUUCCAACGUAUGGAUCGCCAAUGACGGGGACAGAUGGGAUUGCCAAAUCAUUGAUUAUGAUUGGGCGGGGGUUGUCGGCGAUGUUCGCUAUCCACUGGGAGUGUUUAUCAGCGAAGGCGUCUGGAGGCCCCGAGCACAUAUGGAUGGGGACUUGAUCACCUUGAGCGACGACUCCGCCACACUCUCAGAAUUUCUAAACCGCAAAACCAUUCUCAGUCGGUUCUGA